CAAGCUUAAACCUGACGGAUUGUACACCGCACAAGCGUCCCCGUGUCACGGGGAUAUGAUAAAUAGUUCCUCAUCCACGGAGUGUAGCGGUCUUACAAGUUUUGCGAGCUGUAAGUUAUCUUGCUGUGACACUUGUGGAUAAAACUAAACAUUUGUGACAGCCUUUAUUUUCAAUAUGAUCGUGAUCUUCCUACACCAAAGCGGCCACUUUUCAGCUCCUUCAGAAAACGAAGGUAGAAAACUUCACUGCUAACAUGGAGAAACACUGACCGCAACAGGAUAUUUGCAGUCAGUUCGUCGUUCCGAAUAGGCCUAUUCAUGCGAGACACGGUUUUGAGCUUGGACUUGUACCCUUUUGUGUCAUGCAGGACGAGAGCGAGAGCAACGGAAAAGUAUCAAGAUGGACUUGGUGGGCUUCGUGGCGUCCUACCUCUCUUUCCCUCUUGAAGAAUACAGAGACAAAAAUAUUGGACCGUGUUCAGAAUGAUUUGUGGGCCCGUUUUGUCUCAUUACCGACUCAGGACAGAAUCUGGACAAUCACAGUCACUCAUACAAGUCUCAAAACAGCGCCAAAACCAUUGUCCCGGACUCCACUGGUGAUGGUUCAUGGUUUCGGGGGAGGUGUGGGUCUCUGGAUUAAGAACCUGGACCCCCUGUGUCAGUCUCGCCCUGUCUUUGCAUUCGACCUACUGGGGUUUGGACGCAGCUCCCGCCCGCGCUUCCUGCUGGACCCUGUCCAGGCCGAGCAGCAGUCAGUCAUCUCUAUAGAACACUGGAGGCAGGCCCUGGGCCUGGAAAAAAUGAUCUUAUUGGGCCAUAGUUUAGGGGGUUACCUAGCAACAUCCUAUACCAUACAGUAUCCUGAGAGAGUUUGUCAUCUGAUCCUGGUUGACCCCUGGGGCUUUUCACCGGCCCCCCCAGAAGGGAUGGCCAAGCUGGGAUUUCCACGCUGGGUGGAGGCUCUCAUAGCUGUGGCCUCUCUCUUCAACCCACUGGCUGUGAUCCGUGCCACAGGCCCCUGGGGUCCUAAGUUAAUUUGUCGUGUCCGACCAGACUUCAAGAAGAAUUUUGAGGAGCUUUUUAAUGAUGAUACCAUUAUGGAAUAUAUCUAUCACUGCAAUGCUCAAACUCCCAGCGGCGAGGUGGGUUUCAGGACUAUGUCCAGGUCAUUGCUCUGGGCAAAGAGGCCUAUGCUGGACAGGGUUCACCUCUUGCCCCCUGGACUCCCAGUAACACUGGUGUAUGGUGGGCAGUCGUGGAUGGACAGUGCAACCGGAGAAAGAGUCGCCCAUCUUAGACCCAACAGCUACACUCACACUGUGGUGGUAGAGGGAGCGCCUCACCAUGUCUAUGCUGAUAAGUCAGAAGCUUUCAAUUCUGUGGUGCAGAGUGUCUGUGACACUGUUGAUUAAAUCAGAAUAUGUGUGUGUGCCUGCAGUGCAUGCUGGUGGAUAAAACUAGAGAUUCCUGCUGGUAUGCAACAUGACACAAAAAAAAUGUAAAUGUAAAAAAAUUUUAUAUUCAUAAACUACUAUUGAUCCUAUCUUCAGUUUACUACUUUUUACCACUAAUGUUCAGCGGUCAGGAGGUGGACGCAAGAUUUAUUAAGGGCAAAUCUACAAUCAGUCGUUAAAACAGUCCAGGGUCAGUGAGGCAACAUAUAGAGUCCAGGAAUACAUAGUAACAAACAAACAAAGGCACAUAAUGACAAAAAAAGGCUAUAUAUUGAUAGAAGCAUCGAAAAGACCAAACAACUAACAUUAUCGAGAAUGAGAGCUAGAUAACAAACACAAUAGGCAGAGAAUAAUGAGAUUCGAAUACGAACAGCUGGAUUUAAAAUGCAAGCUAAGAAUUGCAAACAGUAGCUUGGAUAAACACAGCCUAUAGUGAAUAAAGUGUGGAUUACAAUGACCAGCAAACACAGGGAACAAGGCAGGGUUUAAAUACGUACAACGAGAUUUAACAAGACACAGUUGCAACUCAUGAGGGGCGGGAAAACUAAGAGAACCACAAGUAAAGCAAAGCAAAGAUAAGAGACUGGUAAACCAUGACAACUAAGACACUAGGGAAUGGCCAAUCAUGACAGAGAAACAUUUGUACCACAUUGAUGACGCUCCUUAAAUGAAAAAUCCCUUUAGUAAGCACACAAGUGAAAGGCAUACACAUUUAAUGUCUAUAGAAUGACAGGAGUAACAUAUCCUAAUUUCUAUAUGGUACUUAAAGCUAUAAAAAGAUUAGACUUCAGUUUAGAAAUGUU